AUGGCCCCAUCAAUGACCAGUGUGACCAUGAAAGCCCAGAAGCGACCACUGUCCUUCGAACAACAGCUGGCGGCGGCUGAUCAGGUAAGCAAAAUAUUUUUUAUAUCUAUGACUUGGUGUUAUUUAAUAAAUUCGUAUUUUACAAAAUUUGAAAAAUAUUUUACAUUUUUUUUAUAAUUUUUGGAUCAAUUUCUGUUCAUCCAAAAUUAUUCAACUUAUUUUUCUAUUAUUUCAGCCCAUUGUUAAGCGCCCCAAGGCCUUAGCCAAGCCUGCUGCCGUCCAGAAGCCAGCCGAGGCCUCAACAGAACCCCAAGAUAGUGGGAAACAAGUGGUUGAGGGUAAGUAUUUUUAUUAUUAUUAUUAUUAUUAUUUUUUUUUUUUUUUUUUUUUGAAUAAAGUAUAUAUCUUUCCCAUUUUUACCCUUAAUAUUUCAGGAUCCUUCCACGACCCCACCACCGGCCGUAAAACCGGUCAUUGCCCAGGAGCCGGCCGCCCUAUCCAGACUAAAAUGCCCUUAGGGCAUGACCCAAACCUGCUGGACCGAAGUGUGAGAGAACUGGAGCUGUUAUUCAGCUACAACAAGAAGAUCAGGGAGGAAAAAGACCACAUCUGGGAAGAUGUGGCGAGAAGAGAGUUCAGCAUCAAGCUGGAAAAAAGAGCCGAAGAAAGCUGGUACAGCUUCUUCAAGGUAAGUUAACAUUUUUUUGUUAUCGGUUUUUAAUAACUUUCAGAUUUUUUUUUAUUUUAUUUUCUUUUUUUUUUUUUUUGAUUUGCUUUUUUACAAUUAUUUUUUUCAGAGAACGCAAUCUGCUGAGGAGGCCAGACUGUCCGAGCUGGCUAGCCGGAUUUCGGCAAAGCAACAGGAGGAAAAGGCCAAGGAGAAAGCGACCAAAGUCUGCAAUACGGUCGCCCCUCAAAAGAAGAAGAGAUGGAGCAAAGCCAGUUCAGCUGGCCCCACAAUCAAAUCGGUGGGGAAAACGACCAAUGGCAAGGUCGAGAAGAAGAAAGGCCCCACGCCCCUGAUGCGACAGGCAAUGAAAAUGGCCAAGUCAAUGAGGAGAUAA